AUGACGGUGACAAACGACGCUCCCGUCCAAAAGGGGGAUGAGCUCAAGCAACGGCUGGACAGGUGGAGUAAGAGGUUGGGUACGCUGCCUAGUUUGGCGUUACCGACUGACUAUCCUAGACCUACUCCAGCCAAGUUGAUCGAGUCAACCCAAACACUAUCUCUGCCUUCCAACCUCGCUCCAAUUCUUGGUAAACUCACCUAUGAAUUCUCGACUCUCUUCCCUUCUUCACCCUUACCUACGCCCUACCAUAUCCUCCUCACCUCAUUCGCCAUCUUGCUGUUCCGAUACACCCCCGACCCAUCAAUGGUGAUAUGCACCUCAUCUCAGGGUACGUCCCAGCCAUUAUUGCUCAAGCUAGAUAUCGCCGUGGAGAAUACUUUCUUCGACGUCCUAAGACAGAUCAUGGAAAGGGAACAAGAAGCUGCAGAAGACAGUAUACCCAUCAACAGCUUGGUGGACCAUCUCAAACCUGAAGGGCCAUUAUUCCGAGUACGAUUCUUCGACUCUACUCAAAUCCAAUCGGAUCCUACAACAUCUCUUACAACAGAUUUGACUCUGUUCUUACUCGCUUCUCAAACCGACGUCCCAGUCACUAGAAGUCCACUCGCUCCUCUGUAUCUCAAAUUAGCGUACAACUCCCUGCUAUUCACUCAAUCUAGAAUAACGGCAUUGUUGGAAUCACUCUUACAGCUACUAAGCUCUGCAGCCUCGAGAGAUCCCUCGCAUCCUAUCGGAUCAUUACCCCUCAGAACGGCAGUUCAAGCUAAGGCUUUACCGGAUCCGACAGCUGAUUUAGAUUGGUGUGGAUUUGUAGGAGCGAUACCUGAUAUAUUCUCUGCCAAUGCUAAGGCUCACCCGGAUAGGGUAUGUGUAGUGCAAAGUGAGUUGGAGGAAGGUCAAGAUAUCAUGGAUGGACCAUCGAGAGGAAGAAGGAUAUUCACGUACAGGCAGAUUGACGAGGCUAGUAAUGUUGUUGCUCAUGCUUUGUUGAAGAAUGGCUUGCAACGAGGUGAGGUGGUGAUGGUUUAUGCUGCUAGAAGUGUGGAGAUGGUAGUUUGUGUCAUGGGUAUCUUGAAAGCUGGAGGUGUAUUCUCUGUAGUCGACCCGGCUUAUCCACCAUCGAGACAAAACGUCUAUCUGUCCGUCUCUACCCCUCGAGCACUCUUGAUCAUCUCAAGUGCUGGUGUUCUCGCUCCUUUAGUAUCAGACUAUAUCAAAGAAAACCUCGAUCUCCGUCUGUUGGUACCGGCUAUAUCCCUUUCAGAAAAUGGUGUGACAGGUUCCAGAUCAGGAGAGGAGGAUAUACUAUCACCAUACCAUCAAUACGCUCAAACCCCAGCUGGAGUCGUACUAGGUCCAGACUCUCCAGCUACCUUAUCGUUCACUUCUGGAAGUACCGGUAUCCCCAAGGGAGUCAAAGGUAGACAUUACAGUUUGACCCAUUUCUUCCCUUGGAUGGGUAAACGAUUUGGUCUUAAUGAAACCUCCAAAUAUACCAUGUUGAGUGGUAUCGCUCAUGAUCCCAUCCAGAGAGAUAUGUUUACUCCUCUGUUCUUGGGUGCCCAAUUGCACGUACCUACCGCAGACGAUAUCGGUACCCCCGGACGAUUGGCCGAAUGGAUGGCUGAUAGUGAAGUUACUGUCACUCACUUGACACCUGCUAUGGGUCAGUUGCUCUCCGCCCAAGCUACUCGACAGAUUCCCACUCUCAAAAACGCUUUCUUCGUUGGCGAUGUACUCACCAAGCGAGAUUGUACCCGUCUCCAAGCUCUCGCCAAGAACGUCUGCAUCAUCAAUAUGUACGGUACCACCGAAACUCAACGAGCUGUGUCGUACUUUGCUAUCCCCAGCGUCAACGAAGAUAGUUCUUUCCUUUCCACUCAAAAAGACUUGAUCCCUGCCGGUCAAGGUAUGAUCGAUGUCCAGCUUCUCGUGGUAAACCGAACCGAUCGAAAUGUUCCUUGUGCGGUGGGCGAGAUGGGUGAGAUCUAUGUUAGAUCCGGUGGAUUAGCCGAAGGAUACCUCGACCCUGCUGCUACAGCGGAGAAAUUCGUUACUAAUUGGUUUGGCGAAGGUGUUCAACGGGAAGAUACUUUGGUGAAGACCAAACCUGAAGCGGCUAAACAUUGGUUCGGUAUUAGAGAUAGGAUGUACCGAUCUGGCGAUCUAGGUAGAUACUUGCCUGAUGGACGAGUGGAAUGUACCGGUCGAGCGGAUGAUCAAAUUAAGAUCCGAGGAUUUAGAAUUGAAUUGGGUGAAAUCGAUACUCAUCUCUCUAGACAUCCUCUGGUCAGGGAGAAUGUCACCUUGGUAAGAAGAGAUAAAGAUGAAGAGAAAGUAUUGGUCUCGUACUUCGUCCCUAUUGAUGGAGAUGAAUUAGAUGGAUUGAUGAGUUCUUCAGAGGCGAAUGGGGAUGAAGAUGAAUCUCAAGAUCUCAAGACUGAAAUGAUCAAGGGCGUUAAACGAUAUAGAAGGUUGAUUAAAGAUAUCAGAGAACACCUUAAAAAGAAAUUACCCUCAUACUCUGUUCCGGCGGUUUACUUCCCCUUGAGGAAGUUACCUUUGAACCCAAAUGGUAAAAUCGAUAAACCUGCUUUACCUUUCCCCGACACUACCCUCCUCGCUCCUACGCCAGCUGCCAACACCGACUUGACCCCCACCCAAAAGACUAUCCACGAUAUCUGGUUGAGACUUUUACCCUCCCCUCCACCUCAAGUAGGUUUGGACGAGAACUUCUUCGAUAUGGGUGGACAUUCCAUCUUGGCCACUAGGUUGAUCUUCGAAAUCAGAAAAGCCUUCGUGGUGAAUGCUCCAUUAGGAUUAGUGUUUGACAAACCUACUAUCGCAGGACAAGCUGCUGAGGUGGACCAACUUCGAAACUCUGACCUGCGAGGUGCAGAUGGCGAUUCCAAGAAUAACGGUAAAGACGCUGGUGUGGAUGUGGACUACGCAGCGGAUCUUGAAGUGCUGGUCAAGGACUUACCCGAGAAAUUCGAUCCUCUACCCUCCGAUUUCAACGAGAAGAAAAUCACUGUAUUCCUUACUGGAGCCACUGGAUAUCUUGGAGCGUUCAUCCUCAAAGAUCUAUUAUACAGACGAGUAGCCAAAGUAAUCUGUUUGGUCAGAGCCAAAUCUGCCGAACAGGGAUUACAGAGGUUAAGAGAUAGUGGUGAAGGUAGGGGAGUAUGGGAUGAGAAUUGGGUAAAAGAAGGAAAAGUAGAAGCUGUCAUUGGUGAUCUGUCGGAAGCAAACUUCGGUUUAUCUGCAUCGGAAUGGGAUAGGAUCUCCCAAGAGGCAGACGCCGUGUUACAUAAUGGUGCGAUCGUACACUGGGUGUAUCCAUAUCCUAAAUUAAGAUCCGCAAAUGUCUUAUCUACCCUCACCGCUUUAAGGCUAUGUACAACGACAAAAGCCAAACAAUUCAGUUUCAUCAGUUCGACUGCUGUAAUGGAUAAUGAAGAGUUCGUCAAGAAAUCGGAUGGACUGUUGUCUCAAAAGCAGAAUGGGAUUUUGGAAUCGGAUGAUUUGACUGCCGGUGAGAAAGGGUUGCAAGGUGGAUAUGGACAGACGAAGUGGGUCUGCGAGAGGUUGAUCAUGGAGGCUGCGAAGAGAGGAUUGAAUGGGUGGACGGUUAGACCGGGUUAUAUCUUAGGUGACUCAAAGACUGCUGUCACAAACACGGAUGACUUCAUCUGGCGAAUGGUCAAAGGAUGUCUUCAACUUGGUCUCAUACCCGAUAUAAACAAUUCCCUCAAUGUCUGUCCUGUAGAUCACGUUGCACUUCUCGCUUCCUUAUCUACACUUAACCAAAUACCCAAUCAACCAUUCUCUAUCGCUCAAGUGACCGGUCAUCCUAAAAUUCGAUUCAACGACUUGUUAACUUCUUUAUCGGUAUAUGGAUACGAGGUCAAACAAGUUGAAUACGUCUUAUGGAGAACCAAAUUGGAACAUCACGUAUUAGAAACUCAAGAUAAUGCUUUGUUCCCUCUUUUACAUUUCGUAUUGGACGAUUUGCCAACAUCGACUAAAUCCGCUGAGAUGGAUGAUAGGAAUGCUCAAGCGUUGGCUCAGUCCGGAGGAAAUAACCCGACGAGCGGAGUGGAUUUGGAUCUCAUAGGAUUGUAUCUUGCUUGGCUUGUUAGAGCUGGGUUCUUGGAUGGGCCGAAGAAAGAGGGGGAGAGGAAGUUGCCUGUGUUGGAAGGGGAGGUUAUGAGAGCUAUUGGAAGGACAACGGCGGGUAAUUGA